GAGCGAUUGUUUUAAAGUAUGACUGUCUGCUGUUUAAAGCAGUUUAACGAUGAAACUUUGAGAGCAGGAUCUGUGCAUUUAACGACGAAAGCCUACCUGGAUGAGAAAAGCGCCAGACAUGCCUCCAGCAUCACCAUGCCCCUUAAUGCAUCCUUUACUAUUUCCUAAACACUUGGAAAAUUGACUACAAUGGAUAUUUCAUCAGGAAACUGCUGUUAAUUUGAAUGAACUGCUGCCUAAACAACCCAAGGACGUGCGUAAUGGAAUUCUUCUUUAGGAAGAAGAAAAACAUAAGGACUGCGGUCAGCUUGACUUUGGCGUUUGCAACUUUGCUGAUGCUUCAGAAAUUAAUAACGGUGGAUACGAACGUCAAAGACACAAAAGUUGAUCUAAAAAACAAAAGAUGUGGAACCAAAUGUUCGUCUUUAAACGAUAACGCAAUAACCACACUUGGAAACGCUUCCCUAUUACGCGGAGAUGGUUUGGAGCUCACAGGAAAACCAAUGCCAGCAACAUGGGACGUGAACACUAUAAACUGCACAGAAAAAUCCAUACUGAGAACCCAGGGUUGGUUUCGCGGUUUAAACCCAAGAUUUCAUCAAUUUGUCCUCCACAGACAUUGCAGAUAUUUUCCCAUGUUGUUAAAUCAUCCGGAGAAGUGUAGCAACGAUGUGGACCUUCUGGUUGUUGUGAAGUCAGUCAUUGAAGAACACGACCGACGAGAGGCCGUGCGCAAAACCUGGGGUCAAGAACAGGUGAUCCGGGGCAUGAAGAUCAAAACUUUAUUUCUUUUAGGUACACCGGCGACUGGCAAAGACGCACGAAAUUUACAAGCACUGGUUAAAUACGAAGACCAAACUUAUGGCGACAUACUGCAGUGGGACUUCAUGGACACCUUUUUUAAUCUUACUCUCAAAGAGGUUAACUUUCUGAGGUGGUUCAACAUCUACUGCAGUAAAGUGCCAUUCAUCUUUAAAGGAGACGAUGAUGUGUUUGUCAACAUCCAAAACCUGGUGGAACUAAUUGGUUUUAGGAUAGAAGAAAACAGAGUGAAGAACCUAAUCGUUGGAGACACCAUUUUAAAAGCCAAACCCAUCAGAAACCGUCAGAGUAAAUAUUUUAUUCCCAAAGAGCUGUAUGAUAAACCCUAUCCCCCUUAUUUAGGUGGGGGAGGAUUUCUCAUGUCCUCCCAAGUUGCGCACAGGCUGUUCGUGGUCUGCGAGAAUGUGGAGCUUUAUCCCAUAGAUGAUGUGUUUUUGGGCAUGUGUCUUCAGAGGUUAAACAUUAUACCCGAGCUUCAUCAUGGUUUUAGAACAUUCGGGAUCAUAAAGCGUAAAGUGACCCCUUUGAACAGGGAGCCCUGCUUCUUCAAGAACCUCAUCGUGGUCCAUAAACUAGGUCCACAUGAGCUUUUAAGUAUGUGGAGUCUUGUACAUAAUAAGGACCUUACCUGUGCCAGAAAAACUGUGUUCUGAAAGUUGCUAUGUCAUUCAAAUUGUACAUAUUUAUAAAGGAAAAAGAUCUCUUUUUACUACAAAGCAUGUUUGGAGAUGCAUUCUUUAUUUAGUAAUGAGAAUAAUGCCAACUAGAUUGUUAUGAUUUACCAGAGCCAAUAAAUCACACGUUGUGUAUCUCUUUUGUGGCACUAUUCUCUAUAGAAAAGGAUCUAUAACAAUUGAACAUGUGUACACAAACACCAAAGCU